GAAAAGCACCUUUAGACUUUUGUCAGUUUGUUCAUGUAGGUUCAUUUGACAUCACAUUCUUGAAAACAAGUAUUUAUUAAAUAUAUGCUUUGUGUAUAGUAAUUUUUUAAUUAGUCAUUCAGCAUUAAUUAAGUCAAUGCAAAAAUUGUUCAAUUAUUAUGGUUAAAAGGUCAUGAAUUUUGUGAACAUUUAAUAUUUAAUGUACGUUACGUGUACUAAAAAUGAAUGUUGAUAGUGAAAUUGAGCAACUGGAACCUUCUGUCAGAAAUGUGAUUGAGCAAAAAUCAUUAAGAUGGAUAUUUGUAGGUGGAAAAGGAGGUGUUGGAAAAACAACAUGCAGCUGCUCAUUAGGAGUACAAUUAUCCAAAGUUCGAGAGAGUGUUCUUAUCAUUUCAACAGAUCCGGCACAUAAUAUUUCUGAUGCUUUCGAUCAAAAAUUCAGUAAAGUUCCUACAAAAGUUAAAGGAUUUGAUAAUCUUUUUGCAAUGGAAAUAGAUCCGAAUGUUGGAAUAACUGAAUUACCUGAAGAAUAUUUUGAAAAUGAGAAUAUUUUAGGUAACGAGGCAAUGAGACUUAGCCGUAGUGUUAUGCAAGAGAUUGUUGGUGCAUUUCCAGGUAUCGAUGAAGCAAUGAGCUAUGCUGAAGUCAUGAAACUCGUAAAAGGGAUGAAUUUUUCUGUAGUAGUUUUUGAUACUGCUCCUACAGGACACACAUUGAGACUUUUGUCAUUUCCUCAGGUUGUUGAGAAAGGAUUAGGAAAAUUGAUGCGUUUGAAAAUGAAAAUCAGUCCUUUCAUAAGCCAGAUAAGUUCAUUACUGGGAAUGACAGAUUUUAAUGUGGAUAGUUUUUCAAAUAAAAUGGAAGAAAUGCUUGCAAUAAUUAGACAAGUAAAUGAACAAUUUAAAGAUCCUGAACAAACAACUUUCGUAUGUGUUUGUAUAGCAGAAUUUUUAUCUCUAUACGAAACAGAGAGACUUGUCCAAGAGUUGACUAAAUGUGGAAUCGAUACGCAUAAUAUCAUUGUUAAUCAAUUAUUAUUUUUAAAAGAAGGAGAUGCUCCAUGUCGACUUUGCUUAGCUAGACACAAGGUUCAGGAUAAAUAUUUAGAUCAGAUAACGGAUCUCUAUGAAGAUUUCCAUGUAACUAAGCUUCCUCUACUCGAACGUGAAGUCCGAGGUGUUGAAUACGUAAAGGAAUUCUCUGAGAAUCUUGUGAAGCCAUAUAAGCCUUAAACAUAUAUAAGAAUUGGACUAAAAUAACUUAAAAAAGAACAGUGUUCUUUUCUUGUUCAUUCAAACUUUUAUAUAAAACUUUUCUCUCAAUUUCUAUUUCUUGUCAUACUUUGUUUGACAAUACAAAUAAAUUAAUAAAUAUUCCGAGUAGUUUCAAUAAUUAUCUUAUUCAAUCUAUUUUCUUGUAUCAUCAAUAACAUACUUAUCUUAUGGUUAUAAAUAUUCCCAAAUUUCACCCCAAAAUAUUUGUAGAAAGCGCAUGUUCAACUAUAGACAACGCAUGCGUAAAAUUGUUUAAUCAAACUCUUAACGUAAUAUACAGAUAUUAAGAAACGAAA